CAUGUUGUGCUUGAACCUCGCGAUAGUAAAGUGUGUGUGUGUACGGACGAUGCGUGACGCCAGUUGAAAAGGUUACAUGCAAACACACACACACAUUCGUAGAGAGAGAGAAGAUCUCAGUGCGCGCGCAGUGCGAGGCUCAAAACAUGAGCGAUGUUGCAUUGAUCAGCAAUGCUCGUGCAUGAUGCAUUAGAGGCAUACAGGUGUGAUUUCAUAUCGAUCAUGUGUGUGAUGCGCUCGGAUAUCUCCUCGCGGUGGAAAGUGUCUUCAUGAGUGUCCAAAGUAACAGUAACAGCAGUGGAAGUUUGGACGGAGCGCCAUCUUGCCCUCAGCUCGCGACUGGCUCUCCGACCCCGGGCGCAGUUUUUCCGCUCGAUAUCUCCACUCCGCCGAGACAGAAAGAAGGUAUGGAUGAACUCCAUUCUCUGGAUCCACGCAGGCAGGAGCUUUUGGAAGCGCGUUUCAUUGGUGCAGUUAGUGGAAACACAGGAGGAAGCACUGGGAGUGCCAGCUGCGGAGCUAAAGGUUUGAAUAAUAACGAAUGUUCCAGUCAAAGCUUUGGCAGUCUGGGGUCAUCCAGCGAUAAGGAGUCAGAGAACUCUGACAUAAAGAAGGGAGGAUCACCUGCAUAUUCAACUCCAGAAAAGAAGCACUCCGAGUCGUCCAGGGGAAGGAAGAGGAAAGUUGAUAAUCAGUCAGAAAGCAGUCAAGGAAAGUCUUCCGGCCGAGGGCCCAAGAUCAGUGAUUAUUUUGAUUUCCAGGGUGGAAACGGAUCAAGUCCAGUCAGGGGGCUUCCUCCAGUCCUGCGGUCGCCACAGAAUUCCCACUCUGCACCCGGGUCCAUUGUGAGACAGAAUAGCUCGUCACCCACCAGCCUGUGUUUUACAGAUCACACGAUGAACCCGAAACAGCUGAGCAGCAGAAGUGUACAGACGGAUCUGACACUGUUGAAGCUGGCUGCACUUGAGAGCAAUAAGAAUCUCGACCUUGAGAAGAAAGAGGGGAGAAUAGAUGAUCUGCUCAGGGCGAACUGUGACCUCCGCAGACAGAUAGAUGAGCAGCAGAAACUGCUGGAACGUUUCAAGGAGCGUCUGAACAAAUGCACUACCAUGAGUAAAAAACUGCUCAUUGAGAAGAGCACUCAAGAGAAGCAGUCGUGCCGUGAGAAGAGCAUGCAGGACCGACUGCGGCUGGGACACUUCACGACAGUCCGGCACGGAGCGUCAUACACAGAGCAGUGGACAGACGGAUAUGCCUUCCAGAACCUGGUCAAGCAGCAGGAGUGGAUUAACCAGCAGAGAGAAGAAAUUGAGAGGCAGCGGAAACUAGCAAAACGUAAACCACCCAGCACACCCUCCUCUCAGAGCCCCACCCCCAACGAGUCCAAACAGAGAAAGACCAAAGCUGUCAAUGGAGCUGACAACGACCCCUUCCUCAAACCCAGCCUGCCUACACUGUUGACUGUGGCAGAGUAUCAUGAGCAGGAAGAAAUUUUCAAACUGAGACUGGGGCAUCUCAAAAAGGAGGAGGCAGAGAUCCAGGCGGAGCUGGAACGGUUGGAGCGCGUGAGAAAUCUGCACAUUCGAGAACUCAAAAGAAUCAACAAUGAGGACAGCUCUCAGUUCAAAGACCAUCCGACUCUUAAUGAAAGAUAUCUCCUGUUACACUUACUGGGACGAGGGGGAUUCAGCGAAGUUUAUAAGGCAUUUGACCUCUUUGAGCAGCGAUAUGCUGCUGUGAAAAUCCACCAGCUCAACAAGAACUGGAGAGAAGAGAAAAAAGAAAACUAUCACAAACAUGCCUGUAGAGAAUACAGAAUUCACAAACAACUGGACCAUCCCAGAAUAGUCAAACUCUACGACUACUUUUCCCUGGACACUGACACAUUCUGCACUGUUCUGGAGUUCUGUGAGGGGAAUGAUCUGGAUUUCUAUCUCAAACAACACAAGCUGAUGUCUGAGAAAGAGGCUCGCUCCAUUGUCAUGCAGAUAGUGAAUGCCCUCAGAUACCUCAAUGAGAUCAAACCACCCAUCAUUCACUAUGACCUGAAACCAGGGAACAUCCUGCUUGUUGAUGGAACAGCGUGUGGUGAGAUAAAGAUCACAGACUUUGGUCUGUCUAAAAUCAUGGAUGAUGAUAGUUAUGGAGUGGACGGAAUGGAUCUGACCUCACAGGGAGCCGGAACGUACUGGUAUUUGCCACCCGAGUGUUUUGUUGUUGGUAAAGAGCCUCCAAAGAUCUCUAAUAAAGUAGACGUUUGGUCUGUGGGCGUCAUUUUCUUCCAGUGCCUGUAUGGACGAAAGCCAUUUGGCCAUAAUCAGUCCCAGCAAGACAUUCUUCAGGAGAACACCAUCCUGAAAGCCACUGAGGUGCAGUUUCCAGCUAAACCUGUGGCCAGCAAUGAGGCAAAGGCGUUUAUCCGACGCUGUCUGGCUUACAGGAAGGAGGAUCGCUUUGACGUCCACCAACUGGGCAGUGACUCGUACCUUCUUCCUCACAUGCGUCGAUCCAAUUCAUCGGGAAACUUGCAGGCCAUGCCCGCCAGCCCUGCAUCUUCAGGCAUCAUCUCCUACUGAUCUCACUGGCUGAUCUAUUAUGACUCUAACGGCAUUUUCCCUCCCAUCACCACCUCUGAGUGGACGGAAAGGGGGAGCGGCUAGGUAUCGGCUUGAAAGCUGAAGGACACGCCCACACCGGCCACAGUGACUGCCAUUGUUAUCGCGGCGGGAAUGGCUGAUGUCAUUUCCUGUGUGGAUCCAGAUGCCAGUCAGCGAUAGACCUGCUUAAAAAUGGAUAUUUGUUUUUUACCCAAGGCAUUUUGUGAAGUGGAGUAGAGUUGGAGGGGAUUGACUUUUAUGCUUUAGCGCCUAUUGUUGAUAUCCUCCCUGAGCUACGCCUCUAGAAAGGGGUGUUUUGUUUUGUGUAAGUGUGAAAAUUAGAGGCAAUUAAUUGUAGUGUGAUUGGAAAUAGAUGAACGAGUGUUUAAAUGUGACACGACAUUGUCUGUUCGCGCGCGCUUGUGAAUGGAUUUUUUUACGCCACAGUGCGUUAUAAAAUACGUUGGCUGUUUAUAACACGUGUCUGAUGGCCACAGAAUGCAAAGUGUGUUUGUUACAAAAAUGCCGUCAAUAUUAGUUCAAAGUUACAUGAACAGUGUCAGUGUGUAUGUUGGCUUAAUAAUUGCAAAUAUGGGCGGGUGAAUUUUGCGGAAACAUGUCCGGUUCACAUUUCACAGUAAAAUCAUAAGAAACGAAAUGUGUUUUGCAUAAAGAAAAUGAAGCCUAUUUUUGCAUUCUGCCAUUAUUUUCAUAAUUAAGACAAUUAAGGACAUUUACCCACUAAAUUCCCUGUAAUUUUCAGACAUUUUACUUUUGAGGUUUUUGUAAAUGUCAUUAUUGUCAAUGGUGAUUCUUAUUACUGUAAAAAAAAAUUGGAGGAAAAUUUUGCUUAACUGUCAAAAAAAAAAAAAAAAAAAAAAAAAUUUAAAAAGAAAAAUCCUUUAUUUUGUUUAAUUUUGGGGGGGAAAAUGACCUGGACAUGUUUUAAAAGUAGUAGGAAAAAAUAAAAUAAAAUUUCAGAGGGGACUGAGUCAAGAAUGAUUGUAAUAGCCCUCCUUUAAAACGUUCAAACGUCAUGUUCAAGUACAUUUACAAACCCAACCUGUUUAUGCAGGGUUUCAUAUUCACAGUUCAUAGUUUGUAGGUUUUAUUUUUUGUUUUUUUUUGUCUGAUGCAAUGUCACUGCCACCUGAUGUUGCUGAAGACUAGACUUUUUUGUGUAAUUCCAUAUUACGAAUCAAAUUAAGAAUCAGACCAAAUAAACAUUAAAUUUGCCAGGAAAUCACAGGAUGGAAAAACUGUGUUUUGUUGAAUGAACUGUGUUGUGAGCCCGAGUGUGUGAGAUGUGAUUCACGGAACAGAUAGAAGGUGGGCCGGACCUCAGCCAUGAUAAUUUUACCCCUUUUUGCCCAGACCCAGUGCUGUCAUGUUGUUUAGCAACCCUUGCUGAUCCCGGAGCCCGAGUCAGGUCAGCCGCUCCGAACCGGACUGUGAUCAAACUGUCCAGCUUUCAGGGUUGUUCCCUCUCUCCAAAUACUCUUUCAACCAGUUUUCAGCUCAACAUGUUGAUCUGUCUAUAAAGUGCUGCUGCAAUUGUAGAGAAUGUAGCCAAAAGAGAAAUAAACAUUUUAAAAAUA